UCCCUCACAAUGUGGCUGUACCUGGUGGCACUGGUGGGCCUCUGGAAGCUCCUGCGCUUGUUCAGGGAGAGGCAGGUGGUGAGCCAUCUCCAGGACAAGUAUGUCUUCAUCACGGGCUGUGACUCGGGCUUUGGGAACCUGCUGGCCAGACAGCUGGACAGGAGAGGCAUGAGGGUCCUGGCUGCGUGUCUGACGGAGGAGGGAGCCGAGCAGCUGAGGAACAAGACAUCUGACAGGCUGGAGACAGUGAUCCUUGAUGUCACCAAGACAGAGAGCAUUGUGGCAGCCACUCAGUGGGUGAAGGAGCGUGUUGGAGACAAAGGACUCUGGGGUCUGGUUAACAACGCAGGUGUCCUACAACCAUUUGCCUACCUUGAGUGGUACAGACCAGAGGACUACACGUCUAUCCUCCAUGUGAACCUCAUUGGUUUGACCCAGGUGACUCUGAGCAUGCUUUUCCUGGUCAAGAAGGCUCGGGGCAGGAUCGUCAACGUCUCCAGUGUUUUGGGAAGAGUCGCGUUGUUUAGCGGGUUCUACAGUUGCUCCAAGUAUGGCGUUGAGGCCUUUUCAGAUGUGCUAAGGCGUGAGAUUAAAGAUUUCGGGGUGAAAGUCAGCAUAAUUGAACCUGGGAGCUUCAGCACAGGAAUGACGGAUCCAGAGUUAAGUAUUGAGAGAACCAAGAUAGCCUGGGAAGCGGCCCCUGAGCACGUCAAGGAGUCCUACGGACAGCGGUUUUUUGACGACUUUUGCAGCACCACCAAACGCGAGUUGAUGAAGUGUAGCACUAACCUGAGCCUAGUCACGGACUGCAUGGAGCACGCUCUGACCUCCACGCAUCCUCGCACCCGGUACUUGGCUGGCUGGGAUGCCAGGUUUAUCUUCCUCCCUUUAUCUUAUUUGCCUACAUCACUGGUAGACUACUUAUUUGCCCUAUCUAGGGGCAAGCCAGCUCAGGCAGCCUGA